AGCUCUGCAGUGGUUACUUCAGACACACAAAGAAGUAGUUCUCCCUCCUCAGGAAACUCUGCAAGCUCGGAUCGUUACUACAAGAAUAUUUGUCUCAGUGGAUUAUCCUCACUGUCAGGAACCCAGUCAGAAUGAAACUAGUUCACGUAGCCCUGUUCUGUCUCGGCUCUGUGACCUUCUUCGGGGUGGAUGUUGCAAGGGUGGAUGCUGCGAAGGUGGAUGUAGCGACAGAGUUCAAAAGAAAAUGGACGAAAUGGGCACUGAGCCGAGCUAAGCGGGACGUGAAGUCUUCAGGAGCGCUCCGAGGACUGGGGGUAGCCGCCGGCGUGCAGCCGCUCAUACGGACCCAGGACGUGAAGGAGGAUCCCCGAGUGUCGCAUCCCAGCAGCCGGGAGGAUGCUCACAUCCGCGUGAAGCGCUACCGCCCCAAGUUCAACAGCUUCCCCCACUUCCAAGGCUGCCGGUUCGGGACGUGCACGGUGCAGACACUGGCCCACCAGAUCUACCAGCUGACCGACAAGGACAAGGACGAUACCGCCCCUCCCGGCAAGAUCAGCCCGCAGGGCUACGGCCGCAGACGGCGCUCCUUGCCCGACAGCCGCCGCCCGCUGCGCGCCCCCUGGGGUGGGCGACGCCCCCGGAGACUACGGGCACAGCCUUUCGUCCCCGUCCUCGGGGUCUGAAAGCCGCGCUACUCGGCCGAGAUCGUCUCGGAUGGAUGAACUGAAGCGCGGACGCUUCGGAGGUUCGCUGCCGCUCGGAACCGCCGCCAGGAUUCAUGGAGCGCGUCUGUCCGGGCGGGACCCCAGCGCGCCCUCGCUGGGCCCGGGGUGGCGGAGCGGCGGGACGCGCUGCUGGGGCCCGGCAGGCCGAAGCGGGGGCCGGUGCCGCGGCGGCGCGAGGAAGCUGUGAAGGCCGCGUCCAGCUGGGGGAGCUCAGGGGCUGCUCGCCCCCAGCCGCCGUAGCGGCGGAACGGUCACUGACUCUUUACCCUCCCGGGCGAGGCUCCGCCGGCUCUCGUUCCCGCCUAGGACUGGAAGGCGCCAGCGGCGGCGCUGCCGUGCUGGCCGCCACGUCGCCCCCGUGCCCUGGUGCUGCACUCGGCGGAGCUGGACUUUUUUCGCUGGCGGGGUUAAGCUCGGAGCUGCCCCGGCCCCGUCUGCCCCGAGGAGGGGUUGCUCAGGAGAGUCCCGCGAUCGGGGCGGAUUUGCCGGCGGGCGCCAGCUGCUGCGCUGCAGCCCAGAGCCCGAGGCGUCGGCCUUUGCCCAAAGUGUGUGAGGGUGCGCGUUCCGCCCUCGGCAAGAACAGGUCGCCCACAUCUGCUCUACCCUCUGCGUUAUCUGCACCCGGCAGGGAAUCGGACAGUCACUAGUCCCUGCGGGGACUGCGAUAUACUUGAACGUCACAGAGAGGAAAAGUGCAAUUGUACGUGGUUUUUGUUAAGUGCGGUGUGUGUGGAUCAUGAGAUACGUAUCUAUAUUUAAGAUUGUUCUGUGUCAUGUCCUGUUUGUAUUUUUUUAAAAUAUAUUUUAUUUUUAUACACAUACAUUUUAUAUAUAUAUAUAUAUAUUGCAUAAGGGCAUUUAAAAACAUUGUAUCCCCUCUAUUUUUCAUACCGUGAAUGUCAAACGUUAAAACUUUUUCCAUACCUUUUUAUCUUGCAUUCCAGAGUGGUGAGAGAUGUAGAGAAUGUAUCAACUUUUCUCCAUGGGUAAUAUGUGAAAUAAAAUAAACACUAUUACACAAA